AUAUUUGAACAUUUCGGAGACGUCGGAGUGCACCGAUUUCCCCAAAAGAGUUUGCGACUUCAUUUUUUCCCCGAGUGAGAAACCCAAAUUUCCCAGUAAAAGGGAAUGCGGCACUAUUCGCAGCUAGCAUUAGCUGGGCACGCCAAACAUCAAGAUUUUUGUUAGCAACGGAGCUUGGUAUGCUGAGUGAAUGACAAUAUACAUGUGACAAGAACACCAGCACCACGGACUUCUUGUGGGACAAGCGUACAGGGCUCGCUGCUAAAACGAUGCCUCACACCAGACGGUACUCAUCUUCUGAGAGAGACAGUCGCGGCAGCUACCAUAAUCGUUAUAGAGAGAAAGAAAGGGAUAGAUGGCGCAGACAUCGACAUAGAAGAUCGCCCACAUACUCUUCGAGCAGUGACCGGGACCGAAGGGGACGACUUCAGAGACAGGAUGCAAGUUAUGUACGCUCAAGGAGUCACAAUUUUUUGAGGGGUUUUCAAUCACAGUUCAGAAGCUGGAAGCUUGGACCCUUGAGGUUCUCUACAGUUGAGAGAUGCUGUCGAAGCUAUGACAAUCGCUCAACAGAGCAGAGGCCGUUUGACCGAAGAUUCUGCGAGGGAUACAGAAGAUUGAAUCAGAGCCGCGAUGAAGAGCGCGACCAUGACCGAGAAAAGGAGCCACAUGGAGCACCUGAAAGUUACUAUCCACGCGACUUCUCGCCAAGCAUGUACGACUACCGGCGGGGCCGAGAAAGGGAACGGGAUGAAUCAUACCGACGAAAGGGCAGCAGGCGUAAGCACAAACGAAGGCGGCGUAGAACCAGGUCCUAUAGCCCAUCAUCCUCGCGGAGCAACAGCCGGACGCGGGCACUGAGUGUGAGGGACGACGAGGAAGGGCACCUGAUCUGUCGGAGUGGGGACGUCCUGCAAGAGAGAUACGAAAUUGUCAGCACUUUGGGCGAAGGCACCUUUGGCAGGGUGAUGCAGUGUAUUGACCAUCGCAGGGGUGCGUCCAGCGUUGCCUUGAAAAUUAUAAAGAAUGUGGAGAAGUACAAAGAAGCAGCUCGCCUUGAGAUCAAUGUGCUUGAGAAGAUCAACGAGAAAGAUCCUGACAACAAAUUCCUGUGCGUGCAGAUGUACGACUGGUUUGACUACCACGGUCACAUGUGUAUCUCCUUUGAGCUGCUCGCUCUCAGCACCUUCGAUUUCCUUAAAGAAAACAACUACUUGCCCUACUCCAUCAGUCAAGUCAGACACAUGGCUUACCAAGUCUGUCUCGCUGUGAAGUUUCUCCAUGACAACAAGUUGACGCAUACAGACCUAAAGCCUGAAAACAUCCUAUUUGUCAACUCGGACUUCACCAUGUCCUAUAAUGUUGAGAAGAAACGAGAAGAGAGGACAGUUAAGAGCACAGCUGUACGCGUGGUGGAUUUCGGCAGUGCAACUUUCGACCAUGAGCAUCACAGCACUAUUGUGUCCACCAGGCAUUACCGUGCCCCUGAGGUCAUUUUAGAAAUGGGUUGGAGCCAUCCUUGUGACGUGUGGAGCAUUGGCUGUAUCCUGUUUGAGUAUUAUCUGGGCUUCACCUUGUUUCAGACUCAUGACAACAGGGAGCAUUUGGCUAUGAUGGAGAGAAUCCUUGGACCUGUGCCAUCCAGAAUGAUCCGCAAGACAAGGAAGCAGAAGUAUUUCUAUCGAGGCCGUCUUGACUGGGAUGAGAGCUCAUCAGCAGGGAAAUAUGUCCGGGAAAACUGCAAACCUCUUAGGCGAUACUUGCUGUCAGAGGCGGAGGAUCACCAUCAGUUGUUUGACCUCAUCGAAAGCAUGUUAGAGUAUGAGCCAUCCAAGAGGCUGCUGCUUGCGGACUCUCUCAAGCACCCUUUCUUUGACUUUGGGGGGAGUGGCGAAGCAGUGGGUGGUAAAAGCUGGGAAGCAAACAGAGACAUCAGCCGGUGAUCCCAAGGACCUCCUCCAAAGUCUGGUACAGCAGUAUUUUAUACACGAGCCAGGUGAACUGUUACGGUUUCUGUUGUUCAUCAUGAAAGCACGGACAGCUUUCUGCUACUUCAGUUUCCACCUGUGCUGCCAAACAAAGUGUGCAGAGAUUGCCAUAAGACUUGUGGGUUUCUCUAUUAGGAAUCUUCAAUGGUCAAGGCUUCAAGAAACCAUGACGAACUGACUUUUGACCCAAAGUAGCCCUCUAUGCAGCUCUCAUCUUCCUCCUGCAGUCAUCCUCCCCCCCGUCCAGCCAUUGUUAGUUUUUGGGAAUAGCCAAGACUUUCUCAAGGAAAACAUUGCCAUGCAAAGUCACUUAUGGAGAACAAAUGUCUUCCUCUUGGGGAGGGUGAUGAAAAAAGAGGAAGAAAAAAGCAUGCAGUCCCAAACCAUCGUCCCUAUGGUGCACACGUCACCCGCAUAAAGCAUCCAUCACGACAGAGAACGUCUUAAAGUCAUAGUGACCAUGCUCAAAGGUGGCAAACUAAAUACUAAUACUUCUUUUCAUGGAGUUUCCAAAAUCAUGAAAGUGGCAAGUGUUUGUAAAAUGUUUAGUUUUUGAUAAUGAGCACUUGGCGCCAUAUUGACCAUUUACCAUACAUUUUAAGCAUCAAUCGAUCUUGGCCAUGAAAAGAUCUUUUUCACCAAUAAGACACACUCCACACCCGCUCUUGUCUUAUUAUGAACUCCACCAAGCAGGAAGAGAAGGUAACGGUUUCACGUUCAUGGCUUUAUUUGUGUGUGUGACUUGCUGUUUUGUUUGUACAUUUAUGCGUUGCUUUCUAAAUGUGGUGACGUGUGUGAGUAUGUGUGCGCCGGGUACGACGCGUUUAUAUUGAUAUCCUGCGCUUGUCCAGAAUGAGAAAUGGUCUUAUACUUAAAAACAAAAAGUAUAAAUUGCCUUUCCCCAGGUUUGGGCUUUUCCUCAAUGAAGCUAAGCACAUAUUUCUGGUGGGCUGUACAGAUAAGAUGCACAGAACUGUUUUGAUAUUUAUUUUUGUGUGGUUUUGGGGGGUGGGAUUCAAAUCCAUUCAAAAAGGUCGUAGUCCUCGCUUCCCAUAUAUACAUGGAAUUUUUUUUUUUUGUAUGACAUUAAAGCCUAUAAAAGUGUACAUAUGUAUGUUUGAUGAUGUAGAAUUAAAGUGAAAGUCCUCCUUUCCCAAGGUUAACUGCUGUUGAAAUUUUGUUUGAGGACUUGUCUUAAUUCUAAUGUACUGUACACUGUAUAAGCAACUCGCAAAAUGUCUGGGGUAUUUGGCUUUUGGGUGAAAUUUCAGGAUGGGCCUGAAAUGCAUUUCAAACUUUAUAGCGGGACUUAAUUUGGCCUUUUCUAUGUGCAUGUCCUAGUAUUUAGUGUUUCGGUACUUUCUGAACAACAACAAGCAGACGAAUGGGAAAAAUUCACAACUGGUGUUAAAGCCAUGAAGAUUUCCGAGGAUGUGCACUUCCAUGCCUUUCUGUAAUUCUUCCUUUUUGUAUUUCUACUGCAACUUGCAACUGACAUUCUGUGACACUCCAAUAUCCAUUUAGGCAUUUCUACAAUUUCGUAAUUAAAAAAAUACAAAGUUAACAUUUGCCACGA